UCAGGUGGAGCUCAGGGGGGCCACCCCACGACGAAGCAGCUGCUGCCCCUCCCCAGGGCUCCUAGGGCCUCCAGAUAGCGGGCUCGACCCACCCCCUGUGGGACCAUCGGUGGGGGCCACGUGGCCACACAGAUGACCAGCCAGGUCUCCCAGGGCCAGGCCAGAGCGUCCUGCCUGAGAGCCCUGGGCUGCGUCCAGCCUCCGGAAACCUUUGCUCUCUCCUGCACCGAGGCGCUGAGUCCUCCCAACCUCUGCAGAUGACUAAUGCUCCAGGGCUCCCGACAGCUGGUGGAGCCCCUGGAGCCAGCAACUGGGCUGCAGCCCAGCCCCCCAGCAGCCAUGCCCACUGAGCCUGCAGGGCUGCUGUGGGGGGACCAUGUGGGGAACAGUUCCCAGGGCACCUCCCAGCUCUUUCUCACCACCCCGCUGGCCCGCGGCAUCUCGGGCGUUUUCGUGUGGACUGCCCUGGCGCUCACCUGCCACCAGAUCUACUUGCAUCUGCGCUCCUACAUGGUCCCCAAUGAGCAGAGGUACAUCAUCCGCCUGCUCCUCAUCGUGCCCAUCUAUGCCCUCAACUCCUGGCUCAGCCUCUUCCUCCUGGGGGCCCACCAGCAUUACAUCUACCUGGACUCCGUGCGGGACUGCUACGAAGCCUUCGUCAUUUACAGUUUCCUGAGCCUCUGCUUCCAGUACCUGGGCGGUGAGAGCGCCAUCAUGGCUGAGAUUCGGGGGAAGCCUGUCCGGUCCAGCUGCCUCUACGGCACCUGCUGCCUACGGGGCAUGGCCUACUCCAUCGGGUUCCUGCGCUUCUGCAAGCAGGCCACGCUGCAGUUCUGCGUUGUGAAGCCCAGCAUGGCCUUGGUCACCAUCGUCCUGCAGGCGGUCGGCAAAUACCACGAUGGGGACUUCAACAUCCGCAGCGGCUACCUCUACGUCACCCUCCUGUACAACGCCUCCGUCAGCCUGGCGCUCUACGCCCUGACGCUCUUCUACGUCGCCACCCGAGAGCCCCUGCAGCCCUUCGAGCCCGUCCUCAAGUUCCUCACCGUCAAGGCCGUGGUCUUCCUCUCUUUCUGGCAGGGGGUGCUGCUGGCCAUCCUGGAGAGGUGUGGGGCCAUCCCUGAGGCCCAUGCAGUGGAUGGGAGCAGGAUGGGGGCUGGCACGCUGGCCGCUGGCUACCAGAACUUCAUCAUCUGUAUCGAGAUGCUCUUCGCCGCCAUCGCCCUGCGCUACGCCUUCCCCUGCCAGGUGUACUCAGAGAAGGACAGCUCGCCAGCCCCCGCAGCGGCCAUGCAGAGCAUCUCCAGUGGCCUCAAGGAGACCAUGAGCCCGCAAGACAUUGUGCAGGACGCCGUCCACAACUUCUCUCCCACCUACCAGCAGUACACGCAGCAGGCCACGCAGGAGGGCCCGGGGCCCGGCUCCCACCCCGGGGGCACUGGUGGUGGCCGGAAGAGCCGCAGCGUGGAGAAGAGGAUGCUGAUCCUCUCGGACGAGCUCUAGUGGGCGGGCGGUCUGGCCUCCGGGGAAGGACAGGGCCCCCCACCCGCCCACCCUCUUGCCAAAGGUCAAGCUUUUCCCAAGAGCCCUCCUGCCAGGCCAGUGGGUGAGAGGGCCACUGAGCUUGUCUGAGGGGCCCGAGGACCUGCAGGUGCAGUUGGCUGUCCCCUCAGGUGGCUGCCCUGGGCACUGUGCCCUUGUGGCCCCCACCCCAGGGAGUUGCACCCUGUGUGGGCCAGGGGUGUGGGGCCCACCAGAGGGGCAGGCAGGGCUGCUGCUUACACAGAGAAUUUGCAUAAUUGCUGAAUUUCUAGGAAUUCCCAUGCCUUUGUCCCUUGGGGCUGGCACCCCAACCCAUGCACUGAGGCAGGUUGGGGUCUGGGUGCUGGGGGAGCGUCCCGCUCCAUGAAGGGCAGGGAGGUGGCCCACCCUGUGCCACCUAAGGGUGCAGAGGGGCCUGGCCUGGAGCCUGCCGCCUGGGGUCUCCCUGUCAGUUGGGGGAGCUGAGCCUGGAUGGACAAGGGCAUGUCCUCCGAAGCCAAGACCGGGAACAGAGGCAGCCGUUCAGGGACGGGGUGCCUCCUGGGGCACUGUGGCUGGGCCUAGAGGUCGGAGUUACCGCAGGGGCGAGGGCAGCAGCAGCUGCAGGUCUCGGUCUGUCCUGUGUCCAGGCGUUCAGCGGGGUGGGGCGGGGGCCAGGGAAAGGUGCAGGGAGCUGGGCAGCGGCGUGGUGCCUGAGAGCCCACAGACGGGGAGGCCCAGGGGCCACCCCCAGCCCCCUUUCCCAGUCCCCCUGCUGCCCACUCCCGCAUCAGCAGGGAAAGAGGCGGAGGUGCCAGGAGACUCGGAGAGCAGGGCGGGGCCUGCCUGGCCCACGGGGUCCACAAUGAAAUUACUCCUCAGGCCUGGGUACGGGGUGCUUGUGGCCAGCAGCCUCCCCCAGGUGCCACCAGGGCCCAGGGGAAAGUGCCCCUCCCAACCUGCCACCCAUGCCCUCUAUACCCGGGAGGCCUUGCAGACCAUGUCAACUCCCAUGGCUGGCCACCCACAGCUCAGCCGUGGUGGAGACAGGCUGCCCAUGCAGGGGGACUUCUGGAGGAAGUAGGACAGAGGCAAGAUGCUAGGCUGUGAGCAAGGGGGGGGGGGGACCCUGUGAGCCUGGAGUGAGCCCAGCUGCCCCUGCCACCUGGGGGACCUCAGAGCCCAGGGACCCACACCCAGCAGCACCCUAUGUGGGCCCUGCUGUCCCGGUGAGGGGCCCGCUGACAGGGUAGGACACGGGUGCAG